ACAAACAGGAAGCAGCUGGGCAGGCCAGGGGAGAGACUGUCAGCCAUUGCUGUGUGUGUCGUGGCUGUAUCGCAAAACACGAAGGCAGGAAAGACGCCGUUUGCUAGUGUUUGCCGGAGUUCAUUAUCAGUAGUAUCGAAGAGAAAACGUAACUCAUCUGUACAUCUACAUAUAAAUACGAGAAUUUACGAGAUCCGGAUAUGUCCUUCAUAUUUGAUUGGAUUUAUAGUGGUUUCAGUAGUGUACUGCAAUUUCUAGGGCUGUACAAGAAAUCGGGCAAAUUAGUAUUUCUUGGCCUGGACAAUGCUGGCAAGACAACGCUACUGCAUAUGCUUAAAGAUGACAGACUUGGUCAGCAUGUGCCAACCUUACAUCCAACCUCAGAAGAGCUGACAAUUGCUGGCAUGACCUUCACCACUUUUGACCUUGGUGGCCACGCACAGGCACGAAGAGUAUGGAAAAACUACCUCCCGGCCAUCAACGGCAUUGUCUUUCUUGUUGACUGCGUAGACCACCCUAGACUGGCCGAAUCCAAAACAGAACUUGAUGCACUAAUGACAGACGAAACUAUCGGAAACGUUCCUAUCUUGAUCCUUGGCAACAAGAUCGAUAAGCCAGAGGCAAUCAGUGAGGAGAAACUGCGAGAAAUAUUUGGAUUGUAUGGCCAGACAACAGGCAAGGGUAAUGUUCCCCUGAAAGAACUGAAUACACGACCACUGGAGGUGUUCAUGUGUAGUGUCCUCAAGAGACAGGGUUAUGGAGAGGGCUUCCGCUGGCUCUCCCAGUACAUUGACUAGAGGCCUGCUACAAUGGGGUGCACAAGGAGCCACCAAACCGACACCCACACUCAGCUCUAUGUUCAGUUCUAAAACCUGCCUUGACUCUUCAAAAGAAAAACAGCAACCCAGUGCAACUUGAUUCAAAUAGACUUUCAUUAGGUGGACAUUAAAUUGACCAAUUUGUGUUUUCUCACACCUCUUUUUUCUAAGAGAAUGACAUAGCAGUGAGUUUGUGUUAAAUCCAAAUUGAUAAAGUUUUUAUUACUUUGGGUCUUUUUGUUUCCUUUUCUUUCUUUUGACAUAUUUCAUUUUCAAGACCUGCUUGAUGUGGAAACAUUGCCAAAAAAUUAUGGUAUUGGCAACCAAAUUCAAACGGUGUGUAACAGACAUUUAGAAUGUCAUACGCACAGCUUUUUUACAAGAAACAUUCUGGGGCAUCACCAGUGUUGUAUUGUGUUUGUUUUCUUUCAUGCCCUUUUUUGAACAAAUGUGGCCUAGCUUUACGGCUGAUGAUAAGCAGUUUAUGACUUUACUUAAUUAAUGUCAUUGCAGUAAUUUUCAGCUGCAUGGUUAUCUCUUACCCUGUAAACUAUGGGAGCGAUAGCGUACAGCCACACACAGAAAUUUGUUCUUAAGCCCUCUUUAAUUGAUAUUUAGUUAUGUAAUUAUAGCCUAAUAUGUAAGAUAGAUAUGGCAAUAAAUCACAAACAUGGGAAUGCUAGAUUGCUGUCCAUUAGACCCAUUAGAGAUAUUGUUAUGGACAGCUGUGUGAGAGGGUGGGAUUAACCAACAUUUUUUUUUUUUCCCUUCUCCCCCCCCCUUCCUAUGAAUGCAUAUAAGUUUUGAAAUAAUGUGACUGGGAGAAGAUGCAGUGAGAUACACAAGACUUCAACAUAUAAAAACCAUUCUGUAGGUCAAAGACAGUUUCAUUCAGGAUGUCCAUGUCAGACAGUAAAAAUGUGAGGAAUAUCGCACCUGGAUAUGUGACUAUCAAGGUAAUGGGCAGCAUGUAAUGUUCAUGAAUACCACAGAUGAAUUUUUAUAAGCGGUGUCCUGAAUAGUUCUUUAUUUGAUCAAUGUGCAUUACUUAAGGAAAUAACUAUUUUGCAUGCAUUGUUCCUUGAUCUUUAAUGAACAUAACAAUUGAGGAAGAAAUCCAAAAUUAGGGAUGCCAAAUUAACAUAUUAAACAGUCUUUUUGGUUCUUUCUUUAAGGGAGGUACAAUGGAAUGGCACAAUAGUAGAUUUCUUUUUCUGUUCUGUUCCUUUACGUACCGUCUAUCAUUCCAUGAGCUGUUCUGUGUAAGGGAGAUGUUGUUUGCAUCAUAAAUUGUAAUAAAUGUUUGCAAUUAAUACAGGAUCCAAGCUUUCAGUGACUUUUUCUGAAAGCAAAUGGUGAGUGUUUGAUAAUAAGACGGAGAAUAGGUUGUUUGCCUUAUAAAACUUCAUAAAAUACUAAUGUAUUUUCUACACUUUAUCAUUUACUUGUGAAAUUAUUAUGCAAUACUAAAUACAUGUUCUUGAUAACAUUGAUGACAUCAUUCAAAAACACUUGACUGACUAAUUCUACACAGAUGAUUUAAGAGACUUACUGCAGAAUUUAAGUUUCUGUAUUGAUGUAAAAUAAAUAAGGUGAUAAUAAGGAUAAUUUAAUUGACUGACCCAUACAAUUCAUAAUCAGUUUUGGUGCCAUCUCCAUGAACAUGAGAAUCAUCUGAAAAAGUAAAAAAAAGAAAAAUUAGACCAGGAAAAGUGUUCUUCAGACAUAUGGCAUUAUGUCCAUAUUGCAUUUGCAUAUGGCAUUUGCCAUAUUUAAGAUUUCCCAGUCUAAAUUUCUAAGCGCAUAUUAAUACAUUUCAACCACAAAAAUUGCUUGAGGGCCAUAAUGACAGGAUGGUAAUUGCCAGUGACUGUCAUAUGGGAUAAAGCAAUUUAAUACCAUCUAACACUAAGCCUUCUCUCUGCAUUUUAUUGGUUCCAUUCCAUCUCAAAAUGGAAAUGUUUUCAGUAUCACAAAGAUCUCUACUUUUUGCUUCAUGUGUAGUGAGAAAAAAAAGUGGAUUUUUUUUGCCAUUCUUCCAUACAAGUGUUCAACUGGUGUUUUUUCACAGAUGUGCAGGUUACCCAUGUCAUGGCAGACCCUGGCUUUUGAACUUUAUGCUGGUAACAGUCUGGUCAUUCUCUUCUUAGGCCCAAAGAACACAGACUGCAUAACACAUUUCCACUGUACGUCGGUUCAUUUCAGAUGAGCUUAAGCCAAGAAGUCUGUGGUGUUUAUAGACGUUGAUGACAUAUGGUUUCUGCUAUGCAUUGUACAGUUUUAAAUUGCGUUUAUGGAUGCAGCCAUGAACAGUGUUUAUUCACAACAGUUUGACAAAGUAUUCCUGAACCCAUAUGGUGAUAUCCAUCAGAGAACCAUGCUAGUUUAUAAUGCAGCGAUGUCUGAGGGUAUUUCUUAUGCCCACCCCCCACCCCCAACACACAGUCAAUGUGUCUUCGUUUUACUAAUUGCUCCAUGACACAGAUGACUGUGGUGUACUAUGACCAAGCCUGGAUAUUUGUGACGUCUAAUGUGAAAGGUCUCAUACAAAUAAAACUAAUGUCUUCCUAAAUUGA